AUCACGGGCAACGGACGGGAUACCUCGGAGGCAUGCUAAAAGCCGAAGUAUCGGUUUAAAAGCAAAUGUAAAAAAUUUGCAGUUUUACAGGUGGUGCAUAAAAUAUAUGUAAUUUAGAAUUUAAAAGAAACAGCCCUUAAACCCAAGAUGGAUAAAGAGCAGCGGAAUAUAGUCGUGUUUAAUUCUUCCAAAAGAGAGGUGUUUACUGCAAACACUGGAUACAAGAGUCUUCAGAAGAGACUGAGAGCGCAAUGGAAGAUUCAGGGAAUCAAAGAGGAGAUUACAGCUGAGAAACUGCACGGUGUAAAGCUGUGGAUCACUGCAGGUCCUCGAGAAAAGUUCACAGAAGCUGAGCUGAAAGUCCUGAAGCAGUACCUCGAAGGUGGUGGGAACAUUCUCGCGAUGCUCGGAGAAGGAGGAGAAGUAAAAUACGACACUAAUAUCAACUUCCUCCUGGAGGAGUUUGGGGUCAUGGUGAACAAUGAUGCCGUUGUGAGAAACGUUUACUACAAGUACUUCCAUCCGAAAGAAGCGCUCGUGUCUAACGGGGUUCUUAACAGGGAGAUCAGCCGUGCAGCUGGGAAAGCCAUAACAGGGGUCAUCGAUGAUGAAAGCCCGGGUAAUAAUACACAGGCUCUGACCUUCGUGUACCCGUACGGAGCUACGCUAAGUGUUAUGAAGCCUGCAGUGGCAGUUCUGUCCACCGGUUCUGUGUGCUUUCCUCUCAACAGACCCGUUCUUGCUUUCUCCAAAGGCGAGAAGAAUGCAGGCAAGCUAGCAGUGCUAGGUUCCUGCCACAUGUUCAGCGAUCAGUACCUGGACAAGGAAGAGAACAGUAAAAUAAUGGACGUCGUGUUUCAAUGGCUGACCACUGACAGCAUUCACCUGAAUCAAAUAGAUGCAGAAGAUCCUGAGAUCACAGAUUACAUUAUGUUACCAGACACAGGAUACCUAUCUGAGAGACUCCGAGUGUGUCUACAGGAAGGCGACGAGACUCCACGUGACUUCACCUCCCUUUUCGACAUGUCUCUCUUCAAGCUCUCCACAGACUCUCUCCCGAGCGUUAUCAGGGCCUACAAGCAGCUGAACGUCAAGCACGAGCCGCUGCAGUUGAUUACACCACAGUUUGAAACGCCACUGCCGCCCCUCCAGCCUGCUGUUUUCCAGCCGGCCUUUAGAGACCUGCCCCCGCCGAUGCUCGACCUUUUUGACCUUGACGAGACAUUUUCUUCAGAGAAAGUACGAAUCGCUCAGUUGUCGAACAAAUGCACCGACGACGACCUCGAGUUUUACGUACGGAAAUGCGGAGACAUCCUAGGAGUCACACGAAAGCUGGAUAAAGAAAAGCGAGACGCAAAGCACAUCCUUGAGCACAUCUUUUUUCAGGUGGUGGAGUUCAAAAAGCUGAAUCAGGAGCAUGAUAUCGACACAGCACAGACAAGGUUUUCUCCAUUGUGAAGCAGGAAGCUGGAGGGCGAUGGAGAGUCGAGGGUCGAAUAGCAUCAUGUAGUUGAAUGUUUAACUGAGCAGGUGUCCGCAACUCUAUUAAGGAAAUAUUUCAGAACUAAUUAGCAACAUUUACAGGUACUGAAUAUGUUAAUCCUGAAAAGGAUUUUUAUCAACGUUAAUUCUUCAUUUUGCUAUAAAGUACUUUGCAUUGUUUUUACCUUUUUUUUCUACAUCAAACAACUCCU